GUGAUUGGGUGUGACUGUGAGGGGGCGGAACCUGGGACAGACUAAUAAGGGAUGAGUGUCAUUUCCCCUCUGUCAGCAAAGACGCCCCCAGACCCUUAUAUCCCUCUCUGCCCUAGGGCUCCUCCUAAGCUCCAUAACAGGCCACUCAGUUGGGGCCGACCCUUAAGGCAUACUGGACACACGCCAGCCUGUAGGCCCUCAUAUGUGACCUCUGAACCCUGGUGUUGAUCUUGGGACCAGCCCCUGGUGUGCGCUGAGGGGGCGGCCAUGGAGCUGGGCAGUUGCUUCAAGACCUACGAGGAUUUCAAGGAGUGUUUCAGCGCCUACAAAAAGGAGAACAGGUGCUCCUUCAUUCUCAGGGACUGCGUCUCCGUCCGCUUCCACAACCUCAACCAUGGCACCUCCAUCCGCGAGGACAUCCUGUCCUGGAGGAGAUGCUGCUGGCAAGUCUCAGAAGACAAUGUGCGUGCAGAAACCCCAGCCUGCGCAGCCCGCAGUAAAGAAAGACCUUGACUUGGCCGACGAGUCCCCCGUUGAACCAUCAUUUUGCCUAGAUAAGGUCCAAGCACCCUCAAAGCCAGAGCAGGAGGGCAUCACUCCUUCUGACCUGGCCAAGAUAGCAAAAGUGAUGAAAAACUUUCUUAAGGUAGAUGAGGGUUCCAUGGCUUCUCUCAGCGUGGGCAAUAGCCAAGACCUGGACCGGCUCAGCUUCCAGAGCAGCAAGAUGAGCGAUCUGUUCCUCCGCUUCCCAGAGAAUCUCUUGCUACACCGGGUGGAGAACUCCCAGGGCCACAUCCUUUAUGCUUUCUUGGUGGAGAACAAGGAACGAGAGGGUCGCGUGGUACACUUUGCUGUGCUUCGGGCUGAGACAGCCACCUCCGUGGCCAAGAUGCUGAGUAUCUUCACGGAGUUCAACUCAGAUUGGCCCAAGGUCAAGGUGGUGUUUGUGGACCCGUCCUUCCCCCAUCGUGCCAUCCUGCAGGAGAUCUUCCCUGCCGCGCGCAUCCUCCUCUCCAUCUACCACACCACCCGGCUCCUGGAGAAGAAGUUGCAUCGGAGUACAGCAAACCCAUCCUUUAAAAGACUCAUGAAGGAAGCCCUGCGGGAGGCCGUGUUUGUUACUUCUGAUGCCAGCCUCCAAAAUCUCUGUCAGAUGUCCCAAGCCUUACUAGACGAGCAGCUCUUUGGCUUCCUACAGGCCCACUGGUUCUCCUGUGAACUGCUCUGGUACAUGCACGUGAGGAAAGGCCUGCACGCGUGUAACACGUACAUGGACAGCCUAGAUGUGGUCACCAGCAAGGUGUCCAGCCUCUUCCGGGAACAGCAGUCUCUGCUGGACUGUAUCCUCCGCUUUGUGGAUUAUAUUGACUUCUUUAAUACCAAAGGCUUGAAGAACUUGCCCACAGCUCCUCCCAAGUUAAAGAGAGCCCGGCCAGCCAGCAUGCCAACAAAGCCCAAGAAGGCGUUUGGAGUCUGUGGGGGCAGCCUGACCAGGCUCCCCAUGGAAGAGACCAAGCCAGGCCCACAGCGGGUACAGCUGCAGCAGCCGCCACAGGCGCGGCCCUCCCAGGCUGGCAUGCUAGACGCCUUGCACGGCAGUGGCUCCCAGCUGGCCUAUAAGCUGUGCCAUCACGAGUGGGAGGUGGUGCAGAACUCCACCCACCUGGUGGACAUGGCUGGCUCCUCAGUGGACAUUCAGCUUCUAGAGGAUUCUCACCAGGUGAGCAAAGACGGCUGUAGCUGCAGCUGUUCCUUUCAACGGUGGUACCGCCUGCCAUGCCGCCACAUUUUGGCCCUGCUGCACACCAGCCAGAAGCCCGUGGGAGAAGCCAUGGUGUGCCGCCGGUGGCAGAAGAGGUACCAGCACCUCCUUGGGCCCAGUGGGGAGCUCCGGGACCCCGUCAUGGUCCCAAACACAGGCCAGCCUGGGAAGCAAGGACGGAGUGACAUGAUUCAGGACCUAAGCAGGGAGCUAGCAAACCUGCUCAUGCAGAGUGAGGGGCCAGAGCUAGAGGAGCGCUGUUCCACCCUGCGCAAAAUUGUGGACAUCUGGGCAGACCCCUGCCAGCCGCCUGAGCCCAGUCAGCAGCCAGAGGACUUCAAGGAUGUGGGCCGCCUCCCUUUCCUCUGGGGAAAGCCAGAGGAAGGGGAGGGACUCCCUCUCGCUGGAGCCACGAUUCACGAUUGAAGCACUUGCACUGGCACACUGGACCACAGACCCCUCUCCUUGGAAGUCUGAGAGCUCAAGGCGGGUAGGACAUGGCUAGGGGUCAGCAUUUUCACCAGUGUCUUCCUAGGUAGGGCUAGGAAGAUUGUUACAACGGGGAAGAGGAACCCCACUGGUGACAGUCCUUUGAAUCCACUCCUCUUCUGCCCUACCUUUGUCAUUCCUUGGGAGCCUCUUCAUUGUCAAGGCCAAAGUUAUCUCCUUGCCAAAAGGUCACCCCUCUUUCUGCCCUGACUCCUGAGAUCAGAUCUUACUCCCAUUAGAGAGAUGAACUUCUGCCCCAGAAUAGGAUGAAACAAAAUAUACCUGGUAAAAGGGCCUGUUUUCAGGGACAGAGGGUGACCCUUGGCUGUUGCUGCUCUUUACAAAGAUUCUGUUAUUUGUACUAAUUUUUAUUCAUAUUAAAUAAAGGUUUUUGUUUUGUUUUUUAAUAAAAUCAAACAAGCAGGGGAAAUGUGUGCUGCCUGAACAGGGAAGGAAUCUAAUGGGGGUUGUGGAGCUCCACAGGACCUGAUGCCUUAAAUUCAAAUACUUAGCAGUCCACCACCGGCUUCAUGCUCUUCCUGCCAACCAAGCCUUCAACACUGAUUUCAGGCUGCCUAGAAUUCUAGCAGGAGGAGGCCAAAUAGAUGUGGGUGGGGGGGGACCUGAACCCUAGAUUUCACUGCCUGCGCUUGCUGGGUAACUGGACAAGUUUCUAAGUUCUUUGACCCCUGGCUUCCCAUCUGUGAAAAUAGUGUUGGCCUGUUCUAAUCCCAAUUUACCCUCUAGAUUUACAUAAACAGAACAUUUUC